AUGACUUGCUGCAAGCAUGACUCUUUUGCAGUGAUGGUGGUGUUGGCCGAAGCAGGAGCACCCUGGCUCCACAGAAGAUGUCGCGACAGAGACUUGGGAGCAGAUCAUUGCGGUCUCUUCACGAUUGAGGAGGAGGGCCCUCUAGACGUGUGCGGGCUGAUGGACGAUGGCCCAACAUCAGCAGCACCCUGCAGCGAGGCUGACUUGAAGAACGCUCUGCAUCUUACCAAGGGGAUUCGAGUUAGCUGGCAAGAGCUCCCUGCUGGUCUGAGGAUGGCGCUGUUUCCUGCCAUGAGGGUGGCGAUGGCGCUUUUCUUACAGAGAACCCAUCAGUCGGGUGAUAGCAGCUUCUUGAACAGAGAUUCUCUGCACAAAUGCGAAGAAUGCAUUCGACUUGCUCUGCAAGGGUUCGACAAAGUUCGACUUGGAGGCGGAGUGAGUGUGCUGAAUGUCGUCGAUGCCAUUCAUGCGAUCUUGAUGCUGCUGCCAACAUCCUGUGUUGACAUCGGCAAACGUUGGGAGUGGAUCAGAAUGCUGACAGAUGUUUCUUGUGUGCAGCAUGUUGCGGUCGAACAGAGUGAGUUGUCAAUCAACGAGAUCUGCCUGAAUGACAAGCUGGGAGCCUCGAGCCCUUUGAGAAGAUCGAUCUCGGUAAGGAUUGAGAUGAUUGCUUCGGGGAUGAUGAUGGAGAUGAAGAUGAUGAUUUCCUUGCUUGCAAACCUCAGCUGCAAACUCGAAUCAGGGAGCGAGCAAGUGACGAAACAGAUGUUCAUCAUCAUCAAGAACAUGUCAAACGCCCUCUUCUUGUCUAUCGACAACUCCAACAGACCUGAUGCACCUAGCUGUCGAAACAUGAUGCACGUUCCGAGCUCUUCGGCCAUGAAAUUGGUGAGAGUCAUCUUGUACUGGACGGAUCAGAUUUUUGUUGUCACUCAUGGAGGAGCGAGGGAUGGAAACGUCGAGAAAGCUCCUUGUCGACAGAGCCAUCAGCAGAAGCUUCGUUUCAAGAGCAACAGCUGUGAUGCUCAGAAUUGUUUCGUGUUCGGAGGAAUCAGAACGUUGUUUGAGGCGAUGCGAAGACAUUCAAGUUCGAUGAACAAAUGGCACAAGUUGUCAUCAUGA